CACAGAACCAGUAAAGUAUUUAAACUCAUCAGCUCAGGGAAAGAGAAACUAAAGUGCUAGUUUAGCUGUUGAGUGUUUGUGUCUCUGUAUUUCGACAGUAAAAUGGCAGAAGCCAGAAUUUCAGUAGGUCAGAAGGAGUUCAUGUGUUCAGUGUGUCUGGAUCUCCUGAAGGAUCCCGUGACCAUUCCCUGUGGACACAGUUACUGUAAGAGCUGUAUUACAGACUGCUGGGAUCAGGAGGAUCAGAAGAGAGUCUACAGCUGCCCUCAGUGCAAUCAGACCUUCAGUCCAAGACCUGCUUUAGCUACAAACACCAUCCUGGCUGAAGUGGUGGAGAAACUGAAGAAGACCAGACUCUCUGCUGACUGUUACGCUGGAGCUGGAGAUGUGCAGUGUGACAUCUGUACUGGAAGAAAAUACAGAGCCGUCAAGUCCUGUCUGGUGUGUCUGAAGUCCUACUGUCAGAAUCACCUUGAACAACAUGAUAGUUGGUUUAGAGGACCGAGGCACAGUUUGAUUGAAGCCACUGGACGACUGCAGGAGAUGAUCUGUCAGAAACAUGAGAAGCUCCUUGAGGUUUUCUGUCGCACUGAUCAGAAGUGUAUCUGUCUGCUGUGUACGAUGGAUGAACAUCAAAACCACAACACUGUAUCAGCUGCAGCACACAGGACAGAGAAACAGGAGCAGCUGAAGGAGACUCAGAAGACGCUCCAGCAGAGAAUCCAGCAGAGAGAGAAAGAUCUCCAGCAGCUGAGAGAGACUGUGGAGUCUCAUAAGCGCUCUGCACAGACAGCAGUGGAGGACAGUGAGAGGAUCUUUACUGAGCUCAUCCGCUCCAUUGAGAGAAGCCGCUCUGAGCUGAUACGACUGAUCAGAGAUCAGGAAAAGACUGCAGUGAGUCGAGCUGAAGAACGACUGAAGCGACUGGAGCAGGAGAUCAAUGAUCUGAGGAGGAGAGACGCUGAGCUGGAGCAGCUUCCACACACACAGGAUCACAUCCAGUUCCUGCAGAGUUUCCAGUCUCUCUCAGCUCCUCCUGAAUCUACAGAUGUAAAUGAUGAUCUCUUCAGUUCUCUCGUCUCUUCUGAUGCUCUGAGAGAAUCUGUCCAUCGGCUGAGAGACAAACUGGAGGAUUUCUGCAAAGAGGAGAUCAAGAAGAUCUCAGACAGAGUUGCAUUCAUCAGGACCAAGAGCAACUUCCUACAAUAUUCCCGUCAGUUCACUCCGGAUCUGAACACAGCAUUUAAACACCUCCGUCUGUCUGAGAACAACAGAGAGCUAACUAACACUAACACAGAUCAGCCGUAUCCUGGUCACCCAGACAGAUUUGAUAAUUGGCCUCAGGUGUUGUGUAGAGAGAGUGUGUGUGGACGCUGUUACUGGGAGAUUGAGUGGAGCGGAGGUGAUGGUGUGUCUACAUCAGUGUCAUAUAAGAGCAUCGGCAGGAAGGGAGGAGGUAUUGGGUGUGUGUUUGGACGUAAUGAUCAGUCCUGGAAUUUUUACUGCACUCCCUCCAGUUGCACAUUUGUACACAAAAAUAUAGAUACUGUUCUCCCGAUAAAGUCCAUCAUCAGUAGAAUAGGAGUGUUUGUGGAUUACAGUGCAGGAACUGUGUCCUUUUUCAGCGUCUCUGACACAAUGAGCCUCAUCCACACAGUCCAGACCACAUUCACUCAGCCGCUCUAUCCUGGGUUUUGGGUUGGUUCUGGAUCAAGAAUGAAACUGUGUUGAUGAAUAAAAAUAGGCUGAUGAGAGAUUCUACCCAUAAUGCUUUGAGCUGUAUGAUGAAUCAGUAACAGUGAGAUGUUAUAGAGUCUUUUCUCCUAAUGACAAUAAUACCGCAGCUGAAUUUCUUUCAAAAUUACCUUUCAGUUCAAAUUAUCACAGUCAAUAAGUCAUUGUCAUUAUUAGGGCUGGGUACUGAACUGUUUUUUUUUUUUGCCAGUUGGCAACUAAAUAGAUAAUGUAAAAAAUAUAUAUAUAAUACUUUCUUUCUUUUCUAUGUGCAUUCAUAAAUUGUAUUAUUACUUUUGUAAGUGCCACAUUUGGCAUUUGGCAUUAGAACUUAUAUUACUAAUAACAGUGGCAUAUGAGAAGUUUACUACUACAGAAAGGGGAAAAAAGGCUUUUUCGAAGCUACUGUAUAUAAAAAACACAAGUUGGCUAAAUUUGCAUGCUACUUAGCUGAGAUUUGUAGACAUUCAUUACUUGCACUCAAUUUAUUUAGUUUUUAGCACCCCCUCUGAACUGUUAAGCCCCCUUUAGCACUCCCAACAAACAUUCCUGGAGGUGCCACUGACUGUCUUUGUUUUAUCAUUAAGAAAAUUUAUAUCUUCUGUUUAUUCAGUUACAGAGAUAGCAAUGCUUUUGUCCAUAUUAGGGAUUUCCUGAGUUCUAUUCCUUCUGUGAGGCACAUGUGGACUUUCUGCGCGAGGGCGCCCUCUGGCGUCCAGUAUGAAUGAAAGAGAGUUCAAUAAUGGCCAAUCCAUCAUAGUUUGGGUAUUUUAGUUUUUUUAUUUCUUUCUUUAAGUAUCGGUUUAGGCCCUUGUAUGGUUCUAAAAGUAUUGAUUUGGCACAGAUAUCGUAAAAAACCCAAGCAAUACCCAACCCUUGUCAUUAUUCACCUCAUGGAGCUCCGACCCUUUCCAGCGUUUUGUGUUCUUCUGUCUUCUGCUGUUUUCAUUUUCAUGCAUGAAAUUGUUAACCAUGAAAAACAGUUUUAUUUUUAUGUUAUAUCUUGUUAAUAAUUUGUGUUAAAAUGUGCAAGGUAAUUCAAGAUAAUAAAUGUUCAAGUUAAUUC